CCCGCCGCGCCGCCUCCGCCGCAGCCGGGGUCGGCGCAAGUGCGGCGCGCGCAGGGGGAGGGGGCGCGGCGGAGCGCGAGGCUGGUGUCGGGCAGCUGGCUUCAGAGCGGGAUUAAGUUUCUCGGUUGUGCGGGAGCGUCUGUGCGUGUUUAUCCCGAAGCUCCUGGCCGGGCCGUUACUUCAGGACAGAAGAGAGCGAGCGUGGGCGAGGCUAGGCUCUCCGAGUCCUCGGCGACCCCGGCUCCCCAGCCUUCUGCCCCUUUCGAGUUCCCGCCGGGGGCGGCCGCCGCGAGCCGGAGUUCCAUUGUAGUUGCUGUUUUAUAAUCCUUGUAGAGAAGAAUACUGAAGUUUGGAAAAAAUGUUAGAAACUAUAGACAAAAAUCGGGCCCUGCAGGCAGCUGAACGCUUGCAGGCCAAGCUGCGUGAGCGUGGGGAUGUGGCAAAUGAAGACAAACUGAAUCUGCUCAAGUCAGUGUUGCAGAGCCCGCUCUUCAGUCAGAUUCUGAACCUUCAGACAUCAGUACAGCAGCUGAAAGACCAGGUAAACAUUGCAACUUCAACAAUUUCAAAUGUCGAAUAUGCCCACAUUCCACAUCUCAGCCCAGCUGUAAUUCCUCCCCUGCAAAAUGAAUCAUUUUUAUCAUCCUCAAAUAAUGGGAAUCUGGAAGUUCUUACAGGAUUGAGUACUGCACACAUCAAUGGGAAACCUGCUUGUGAUGAAUUUGAUCAACUAAUCAAAAAUAUGGCCCGGGGUCGCCAUGUAGAAGUGUUUGAGCUCCUUAAGCCUCCAUGUGGAGGCCUGGGGUUCAGUGUUGUGGGCCUGCGGAGUGAACACCGGGGAGAGCUGGGGAUAUUUGUGCAGGAGAUCCAGGAGGGCAGUGUGGCUCACAGAGAUGGAAGAUUGAAGGAAACUGAUCAAAUCCUCGCUAUUAACGGACAGGCACUUGAUCAGACAAUUACGCAUCAGCAGGCCAUCAGCAUCCUGCAGAAAGCCAAAGAUAAUGUCCAGCUAGUUAUUGCCAGAGGCUCAUUGCCUCAGCUCAUCAGCCCCAUAGUUUCCCGUUCUCCUUCUGCGGCCAGCACCAUUUCAGCUCACUCCAAUCCGGUUCACUGGCAGCAUGUGGAAACUAUCGAAUUGGUGAAUGAUGGUUCUGGUCUGGGAUUUGGCAUUGUAGGAGGAAAAGCAACUGGUGUGAUCGUGAAAACCAUUCUCCCUGGAGGAGUAGCUGAUCAGCAUGGAAGAUUAUGCAGUGGUGACCACAUCCUAAAGAUUGGUGACACAGAUCUAGCAGGAAUGAGCAGUGAGCAAGUGGCCCAAGUCCUCAGACAAUGUGGCAAUAGAGUCAAGUUGAUGAUUGCGAGAGGUGCGAUAGAAGAACCAGCAGCACCCGCCUCUUUGGGUGUCACGCUUUCCUCAUCUCCAUCUUCCACUCCAGAGAUGCGGGUUGAUGCUUCCACUCAGAAAAGUGAAGAAAGUGAGACAUUUGAUGUAGAACUCACUAAAAAUGUCCAAGGAUUGGGAAUUACCAUUGCUGGUUACAUUGGCGAUAAAAAAUUAGAACCUUCAGGAAUCUUUGUAAAGAGCAUUACAAAGAGCAGUGCUGUUGAACAUGAUGGAAGAAUCCAAAUUGGAGACCAAAUUAUAGCAGUAGAUGGCACAAACCUUCAGGGUUUUACCAAUCAACAAGCAGUAGAGGUGUUGCGACACACAGGACAGACUGUGCACCUGACACUGAUGAGGAGAGGAAUGAAGCAAGAAGCAGAGCUCACAUCAAGGGAGGAUGUCACCAAAGACACGGUUUUGUCUCCUGCUGAUGGCAGUGUAAGCAAAGAAAAUCAUGAAGAAGGUGAAGAUUCUUUACAAGAGCAUAGAAGAAAUACCAGCAUAUUACCAGUUGAAGAAGGCAAACACCUGGAGCCAGGGUAUCCGUCACUGUUGGCUGAGAGAGAAGAAAUAGAAGAUGCACAACGACAGGACACUGCCCUGCUGACCAAGUGGCAAAGGAUUAUGGGGAUUAAUUAUGAAAUAGUGGUAGCCCAUGUGAGCAAGUUCAGUGAGAACAGUGGGUUGGGGAUAAGUCUGGAAGCCACAGUGGGACAUCAUUUUAUCCGAUCUGUUCUACCAGAAGGUCCUGUUGGACACAGCGGGAAGCUUUUCAGUGGAGAUGAGCUGUUGGAAGUGAAUGGCAUAACUCUCCUUGGGGAGAAUCACCAGGAUGUGGUGACUAUUUUAAAAGAACUGCCUAUAGAGGUGACAAUGGUGUGCUGUCGUCGAACUGUGCCACCUACCGCCCAGUCGGAAUUGGACAGCCUGGACUUGUGUGACAUUGAACUAACAGAAAAGCCGCACGUAGAUCUUGGUGAGUUCAUCGGGUCCUCGGAGACAGAGGAUCCUGUGCUGGCGAUGCCUGAUGUGGGUCAGAAUGGAGAGGAGGAGGUUCAAGGACCUUUGGCCAUGUGGGAGGCUGACGUUCAGAACAUAGAGCUGGAAAAAGGCAGCCAAGGACUUGGUUUUAGCAUUUUAGAUUAUCAGGAUCCAGUUGACCCAGCAAGCACUGUGAUUGUAAUUCGUUCUCUGGUGCCUGGUGGUGUUGCCGAAAAGGAUGGACGACUUCUCCCUGGAGAUCGACUCAUGUUUGUCAAUGAUGUUAACCUGGAAAACAGCAGUCUUGAAGAAGCUGUCCAGGCACUGAAGGGUGCACCCUCAGGAACUGUGAGAAUAGGAGUUGCCAAGCCUUUACCUCUGUCACCAGAAGAAGGUUAUGUUUCUGCUAAGGAGGAUUCCUUUCUCUACCCACCACAUUCCUGUGAGGAGGAGGGGCUGGCUGACAAAGCCCUCUUCAGGGCUGACUUGGCUCUGGUGGACACAAAUGAUGUUGACCUAGCUGAUGAAUCUGCAUUUGAGUCUCAGUACUCUCCAGAUAAUGACAGUAUCUACUCCACUCAAACCUCUCUGCUGUCUCUUCAUGGCAGUGCUUGUAGCGAUAGCCUGAAUUAUGGUCCUUCUCUUCCAUCUUCUCCUCCCAAGGAGUAUAAGAGUACAGAAAAUAAAGGAACUGUACCCUAUUUCAGAAAGAGUGGGAGAGCAAUGUUAAGUUGGAGCACCUGUGCUUACGUAUAUUUUUCAAAAGAUAUUACUGAAAGUUCUUCAGAUCCAGUACUUGAUCUGCACAUGUCCUUGGAGGAGCUCUAUGCCCAGAAUCUCCUGCAAAGACAGGACGAGAGUCCGCCUUCGGUGGACAUGACCAUGGGACCUGCCUCUGGCUUUACCGUAAAUGAUUAUACACCUGCAAAUGCUGUUGAACAGCAAUACAAAUGUGAAAACACAAGAGCCUGGACUGAAUCUCAUCUACCAAAUGAAGUUGUAUCAAGUGCAGAACUGAAUUCUCCUGUGCUAAGUGAUUCCUCUGGGAAGGGCUCCAAGUUCUUAAUUCAACAGGGUUGCCUGGCCUCUGCUGCCGAGUGUGCCAUGCUCCAAAAUCUAUCCAGAGAAUCUCUUGAGAGGACUAUUACAAUAGCAAAAGGCAAUUCUAGCCUAGGAAUGACAGUAAGUGCUAAUAAAGAUGGCUUGGGGAUGAUUGUUCGAAGCAUUAUUCACGGGGGUGCCAUUAGUCGAGAUGGCCGGAUUGCUGUUGGUGACUGCAUCUUGUCUAUUAAUGAAGAAUCUACUAUCAGCUUAACCAAUGCCCAAGCACGAGCCAUGUUAAGAAGACAUUCUCUCAUUGGACCUGACAUAAAAAUUACUUAUGUGCCUGCAGAACAUUUGGAAGAGUUCAAAAUAAACUUGGGACAACAAUCUGGAGGAAUAAUGGCAUUGGAUAAUUUUUCUUCAUACACUGGAAGAGACAUUCCAGAGCUACCAGAACGAGAAGAAGGAGAGGGGGAAGAAAGUGAACUUCAAAAUGCAGCAUACAGCAAUUGGAAUCAGCCCAGGCGGGUUGAACUUUGGCGAGAACCAAGCAAGUCCCUGGGCAUCAGCAUUGUUGGUGGACGAGGGAUGGGGAGUCGUCUAAGCAAUGGUGAAGUGAUGAGGGGCAUUUUCAUCAAACAUGUUCUUGAAGAUAGUCCAGCUGGCAAAAACGGAACCUUGAAACCUGGAGAUAGAAUAGUAGAGGUGGAUGGAAUGGACCUCAGAGAUGCAAGCCAUGAACAAGCUGUGGAAGCCAUUCGGAAAGCAGGCAACCCUGUAGUCUUUAUGGUACAGAGCAUUAUAAACAGACCAAGGAAAUCCCCUUUGCCUUCCUUGCCGCACAACCUUUACCCUAAGUACAACUUCAGCAGCACUAACCCAUUUGCUGAUUCUCUUCAGUUCACCGCUGACAAGGAAUUACAGAAUCCAAGUAGAGUUAUCUUCAGUUGUUCCCCAACUAACCCCUUUGCUCCCACACCAUUUAAGGCGCCCAGUCAGUCAGAAUCUGAGCCAGAAAAGGCUCCUCUGUGCAGUGUGCCUCCACCCCCUUCUUCAGCAUUUGCAGAAACAAGUGGGGAUCAUGCACAGUCGUCUGCAAACAAAGUCUCAGAAGAUGUGGACAAAGAGGAUGAGUUUGGUUACAGCUGGAAAAGUAUCAGAGAGCGUUAUGGAACCCUAACAGGAGAGCUACAUAUGAUUGAACUGGAGAAAGGUCGUAGUGGUUUGGGUCUGAGUCUUGCUGGGAACAAAGACCGAUCCAGGAUGAGUGUUUUUAUAGUGGGGAUUGAUCCAAAUGGAGCAGCUGGGAAAGACGGUCGACUGCAGAUUGCAGAUGAGCUUCUAGAGAUCAAUGGUCAAAUUUUAUAUGGAAGAAGUCAUCAGAAUGCUUCAUCAAUCAUUAAAUGUGCCCCUUCUAAAGUAAAAAUAAUUUUUAUCAGAAAUAAAGAUGCAGUGAGUCAGAUGGCUGUAUGUCCUGGGCAUGCAGUGGAACCUUUGCCUCCUACCUCAGAGAAUCUUCAAAAUAAGGAGGCUGAACUGAGUGUUCCUACUUCCGAUGAAACUGCAGACCUCAGUUCAUUUAAAGACGUGCAGCAUCUGGAGCUUCCCAAGGAUCAGGGAGGUUUAGGCAUUGCCAUCAGCGAAGAAGAUACACUCAAUGGAGUCGUCAUAAAGAGUCUUACAGAGCAUGGGGCAGCAGCCAAGGAUGGACGGCUCAAAGUUGGUGAUCAGAUCUUGGCUGUAGAUGAUGAAGUUGUUGCUGGCUAUCCUGUUGAGAAGUUUAUCAGCCUUUUGAAAACAGUGAAGACAACAGUGAAACUGACCAUUCGUGCUGAGAAUGCAGAUUCCCAGGCUGUUGCUUCAGCAGCUGGUACAGCCAAUGGAGAAAAAAAGAACAGCCCCCCGUCUCCGAUUGUCCCGCCAUCUGGCUCCCCGGAACCAGAGUCUAUCCGAAGUACAAGUAGGUCAUCAACACCAGCAAUCUUUGCCUCUGACCCUGCAACCUGCCCCAUCAUCCCAGGCUGUGAAACAACAAUUGAGAUUUCCAAAGGGCGGACAGGGUUGGGCCUGAGCAUUGUCGGGGGUGCGGACACACUGCUGGGUGCCAUUAUUAUCCAUGAGGUUUACGAAGAAGGAGCAGCAUGUAAAGACGGGAGACUCUGGGCUGGAGAUCAGAUUUUAGAGGUGAAUGGCAUUGACUUGAGAAAAGCCACACAUGAUGAAGCAAUAAAUGUCCUGAGACAGACACCACAAAGGGUGCGCCUGAUGCUCUACAGAGAUGAGGCCCCAUACAGAGAGGAGGACGUGUAUGACACCCUCACCAUUGAGCUGCAGAAGAAGCCGGGGAAAGGCCUGGGGUUGAGUAUUGUUGGUAAAAGAAAUGAUACUGGAGUAUUUGUGUCUGACAUUGUCAAAGGAGGAAUUGCAGAUGCUGAUGGAAGACUGAUGCAGGGAGACCAGAUACUGAUGGUGAACGGGGAAGAUGUCCGUCAUGCCACCCAGGAAGCUGUCGCAGCUCUGCUAAAGUGUUCCCUAGGCACAGUAACCUUGGAAGUUGGAAGAGUCAAAGCUGGUCCAUUCCAUUCUGAAAGGAGGCCUUCUCAAAGCAGCCAGAUGAGUGAAGGCAGCCUGUCAUCGUUUACCUUUCCACUUUCGGGCUCCAGUACAUCUGAGUCACUGGAAAGUAGCUCAAAGAAGAAUGCAUUAGCAUCUGAAAUACAGGGAUUAAGAACAGUUGAAAUUAAAAAGGGGCCUUCUGAUUCACUGGGGAUCAGCAUUGCUGGAGGAGUGGGCAGCCCCCUUGGUGAUGUUCCUAUAUUUAUCGCAAUGAUGCACCCGAAUGGAGUUGCAGCUCAGACCCAGAAACUCAGAGUUGGGGAUAGGAUUGUCACUAUCUGUGGCACAUCUACUGAGGGGAUGACUCACACUCAAGCAGUUAACUUACUGAAAAAUGCCCCUGGCUCCAUAGAAAUGCAGGUAGUUGCUGGAGGAGAUGUGAGUGUGGUCACAGGUCACCAGCAGGAGCCUGUCACUUCUAGUCUGUCUUUCACUGGGCUGACAUCAAGCAGUAUAUUUCAGGAUGAUGUAGGACCUCCUCAGUGUAAGUCUAUUACACUGGACCGGGGACCAGAUGGCUUAGGCUUCAGUAUAGUAGGAGGAUAUGGUAGCCCUCAUGGAGACUUACCCAUUUAUGUUAAAACAGUGUUUGCAAAGGGAGCAGCCUCGGAAGAUGGGCGUCUGAAGAGGGGUGAUCAGAUCAUUGCUGUCAACGGGCAGAGUCUAGAAGGGGUAACCCAUGAAGAAGCCGUUGCCAUCCUUAAGCGGACAAAAGGCACUGUCACUUUGAUGGUUCUCUCCUGAAUUUGCUGCUGGAGUUGAGCUACCUCAGCCCCUCUUAUGCAUCCCGUGGUGUAAAGAGAAUGGAACCAGUCCUGUGGACUCUUCCCAGUCUGUGGUCAUCUGGCUCUUCAAAACAGAAGGGAGGAAAUAGCAUUUAAGUUUGCUUUUCUACUGACAACAGUGCAUCACUUUUCCUUUCUCCUUGUAUUUUGUGAUAUAAACUCAAAGAAAAGGACUCUUGGCAUGGGUAAAUCCAGUCUUUCUUCCUGAAGAUAUCUGAUAUUUCAUAAUCAUGAGGGCAAAAAUUAAUAUGUGUUCAACUGGUUUGUACAGAAAGAAAAUUCAAAGCUAACCAAGGAGGAAUGUCUUCAUGAAAUUAAAAUAAAAAAAUGAAAAUAUAAAGAAGAAACCUGAAAUUUAUAAAAAUCUUAUUUUGUUAAUCCACCUUGUCUCCCCAAUUCUAACCAAAAAAAAAGGUUUUGCUGAAAAUCUUUAAAAAUACUUUUAAUUACUUUCAUUAUUUAAAAAUUUUGAAUCUUAUUAAAAAUCACAUCUCCCCACCUCUAAUAUAUACAUACAUAGUUUCCUUCCAAAAUGGGCUUCAAGAUUGAGUAACUAGCAAAUACAGGAAGCACUGUCCCUAAGUCUGUAAAGAAACCAUUUAUUGCACAGCUCAAUGGUCAUUUUCAUUUUUGACCUGUUGUAAUAUAUUUUCAUGUUUCUGUAAGUAAAAUGAUGCUGCUGCCUUGUAUUGACUGUGGUUUGUCUAGAAGCAGCCAUGCUUACUGUGGAGGAACAUAGAUGACUCUCCAAAUUGUCAGUACUGGUUUAAGGGAUGCAGCACUAAAAAUGUGUCAGUGUGCUGUGCAAUUGGUUUUCAAUUAGUAUUAAUGACAGAAAAAAAAAAAAAGCAAUGUGUUAGUAAUUAUUUUGGUUGUAUGCCAUUAGUAAAUUGAUAGAAAACUUAAGGGGAUUAACAUAACUUCAUUUCAUUGCUUUAUAUUAACAUCGUAUAAUACAAUAGUUUAAGACUAAGGGAAACAGAUGGAGCUGUUUAUUGAGACAACUGGUGAGGAAUUAUCAUGUGUUCAUUCCCAUUUUAGAGCGUGAAACUCCUACAUUAGAAUAUAUAAAGUCACUUUAAAUAUUAUCUAUAUUUGUAACAAAAGUAGUGUACAGAUAUUUUAUUACAGCACUUUUGUGUAAAAUGCAGAACUGAAGUGAAUAAAUAAGUUUUGUGGCACACAAAAAAGAAGCAGGCGUAUUUUUUUUUUUGUUCUUUUUACUGGGGAAAAACUUUAUUAUAUUCAAGAUUUACAAUUUAAAAUUGGUUUUUAUCAUGUCUAACUGAACAUAUGGUGUCCAUAGUUACGGCUAGAGGAACUUUGGACAACAUCAUUAUGAAACGCUCAAUGUGUUUUAUGCCCAGAAUUUUUACUAGUGCUAAAGAUUCAUAGACUCCUCAUGGAGCAGAGGAAGAUAAACAACAUUGAAGAAAGAGAGGUGUCAUGCCUGUAUGUGCUUUUCUGAGACGCUGUUAAUGGAGCAAUAUUGUAAGUUGUUCUUUAGAGUAGCCAAGAGCUAAUUCACACAGAAGACGUCAUUAUGAAAAUUAUUUGUAAUAACAUGAAAAAUCUGAUUUGAAUUUGGGCAAGGAAUUGGGGAACCUUUGUUCUGCCAGUCCUUCCCCAAAUUAGCUAAUGAACACAAGCAUUCCUCAUAUUCAUCUCAUCUGUAAAAUGAUAGGCUAUUUUAUGUCAAAGCUUGUGUCAAGUUCUAAAAUAGAAUUCUGUGAUUCUUAUGUAUACAAAAUGAAUAGACAAACUACACAUUGCAGCCAUUUGGGAGAUAUUCUUCCCAACCAGCUACUGUACUACUGUUUGGAGGUAGUUGAUGUAACAAAAUUUAUUUUAGUAUCACAGUGACCCAUCCAGCUUCUUAGUCACCAAUGAAUGGCCCUCCAUCAUGAAGGCAUGCUGAGAUCCUCUUGUGGUCGGCUGCUGGAAGCGAAGCCAUCCUUUUAUAAGUUUCAAACAGCAAAGAUUUUAUGGAGUCCACUCUAUGGCAGACCUUAGGAAGGCAAGCUAACCAACCAAAUUAAAGUUUGAGUAGAUAUGUUGGAGUACUCCAAUGAGAAGAGCCUUGUGGGUAUUUUUGUACCAUUGCUCCAAAAUUCAGGCCUAUCAGGAAUCUCAGAAUGUGACCUUAUUUGGAAAUAGGGUCUUUGUGAAUAUAAUUAGUUCAGUUGAAAAGCAGUCAGGCUGGAAUACAUUGGGCCCUAAAUCCUUAAAAAGAAGACCAUGUAGAGACACAGAGAAAUAGGAGAAGGCCAUAUAAAAAUGGGGACAAGAAAAUAAAAAUAAAAACAAUCUGAAGAAGACCUGGAGCCACCAGAAGCUGGGAGAGGCAAGGAAAAAAUUUUUUCCCUGGUUUCUUGAAAGAGAGCUUGUCCCUGCUGACACUUUGAUUUCAUACAUCUGGCCUCCAAAAGUGUGACAAUACAUUUCUGUUGUCAAGCACCUUGUUUUUGGUAUUUUGCUAUGGAAGCCCUGGGAUGCACUAAUAUAGUAUCUUAGGAUGUUUUUAUAUCCUUAGCUACAAUCACUAUGCCUAGCAAAUAGGAGAGGUUCUGUAUGUGUUUGUUCAGCAUAUAGAUGAUUAAAUUAUAGAUCAUGAUUAAUUUCAUGGUAUCACCUUGUUAAGCUGGUUGCAGCCUUCAUACUGAAUGCAAAAAUGCAGCAAUGGGAAUGCCACUGUAGCAAUAUAAAAACACUGGGGAAAAGCUCCCUUCUUGAACUGUUAUUAAUUAACAAAGUCAAAACAUGUGGAAGCAAAGAGAAGAAAAUGAGAAAGGAAGGAAAAGAAGACUUGAGAAGAAAAGAAUAUAGAUGCAUUAGUACAGGAGAGAGUGACAAAGAUUUCUGUCUCCUAUAUUAUUCUUUUUGGAAAUGUGAGAAUUCUCCUAGAGAAGGAAGAAAGUGCUUGAACAAAGAGUUUAAAGACUUGAAGGUUAUAGUGUUAAUGUCGUGUGCAAACUCAAGACCAUAUAUAAGACUAUGGAUUACCCAUAAUUGGUUCUGUAUACUUCCUUGUGUGAUUAAAUCACAUUGGUGAAUACCAUGCACUUCUGUUCUUUGUGACCCCAGCAAAAGGAUGAUAGUGAUGAUGUGUUUAAUAUCAACACCUACUGAUACAUACCAGCAGGAGUACCAUUGUGGUAUAGGAGGUGAAUGGAACCCAUACAUCAGAACAGAGAUGGAAUUGGAAGCAUAAAAGAUUAAAAUUAAAGACAAGAAAAGGGAGAUUUUAAGAAUAUUGAUAAAGCAGAUUUUGAUAGUUUUGAAGAAACAAAGGGACCUCUUCCCCGCUUUGAAUUAUAUGGUGCCAUGUUGUCUUAGAUUUGGUCUAGCUGAUUGUCUGAGAAUGCCAGACAGUGAUUUAGUGCCUUUCUUCUGAUCUCCAUCACAGUGAAGAAGUUGAAAGAAUGCCUGCAGGGAGACAGGAAUAAAUAGGUUUUUUUGGGGUCUAGGUGUGGGGAUGUCAAAACUAUCAUCGCCUGCUUUCAACAGCCCUAGUAUGUUGUUUUCAUGUCAGUGACAAGUAUUCUGGAAUGCAUUUCAUUUGUGCAAAGAUGUUCCUCAACUUUGUCUACCAGGAAUGAAAGUUUAACUUUGACCCUUCCUAAAGGGAGUUAUUUGUAAGAUGGGAUUGACCUCUCUUACCUCAAGAGGAAAAAAAAAAAAA